CGCGAUUAUGUUUAGUUGUGGUGAGGUUCGUGAGCCUCACUUGAGCUCAAUAUCUCGGCGCCUGUGGCUGUCGGUGUUUUUCAUUUGUUUACAUAUUUUAUUUUAAACCGCUAUCACCUUGUCAGUUUUAGAUAACAGUCGAAUAAAUACAUCUGAGUGCCUUUACAGCAUUAAACUCUAGUUAAACUUUGUUUCGAGCUACACAAUGCCCAACAAGAGUGAAGUUCUUCUAAAGACUUACAAAUGUCUUGCUCAAGUUCCUGCCUUAGUAAAAGCUAGAUAUCUCAAUGAGAAGAUUAUAAAUACCACAUGGUCUGAAAGAAAUCUUGAACAAGGAAGAAGCAUCAAGUUUCAAACAACUUAUGUGUCUGGUGACACUAAAAAAAUGGACUUCGUUACCCCUAUAGACACAACUAAUCAAUCCAUGCAUGCUGUGUCUCCAUGCAAAAAAUUCCAAGCUGUUUUGAGAGAUGUUGAACAAAAAGAUCAAAAAGAAUCAGCUCAAUAUCUUGAAAUCUGGAAUGAAACAUCUCUGAUUCGAUCAGUUGACUUAACUGCUUUGGAUUUACAUGCCAAAGUUUACACAGAUGAUGAAUUUGGAAGUUUUAAGUGGUCACCAGUUGGUGGUAAGAUUUUAUAUGUUGCUGAGAAAAGAGUGCCAAAGAUUGAUCCAUUACACAAACGCCUGAAGCCCAAAAAAGACUCUGACACCACUGAUAAAGAUGAUGUUGAAAAGGACGUAAUUGAGAUUGAAACCUACAGACAAGACUGGGGUGAAGCUCUUGUCGAUAAAAUCUCGUCGAUUGUUGUUGUUUAUGAUGUGGAAACAGACGAAUUCACGAUUCCUGAAGGAAUACCUGAUAAUGUUUGCGUUGCGAAGCCAUUUUGGACUGCUGAUGGUACACAAAUCAUUGGGAUUUGUCUGCAUACCGAACCACGCAAAUUGGGGUUGAUUUAUUGUGGAAAUAGGCCUAGUGGCUUGUUUACAUUGACCCUGAAUAAUACAUACAAGGAGUUUGGUAAAUUGAUGAACAAAACUGUCAAGGGACCGAGGUUGACACCAAAUGGCGAGCAUAUCAUCUGGUUGCAAUGUGAUGCUGGUGGUCCACAUAUCAACUGCAUGCAAUUGUAUAAAGCAAAAUUACCAUUAACUGAUGAAACUGAACCUCAACUUAUUCUUGAUUCUGUCGAUGUGGCCAAAGAGAUUAGUGGUGGAAGAUUGUUUUAUGGAUUAUUUAGCACCUCAAUACCUGAAAGAUGUUGGUCCAAUGAUGGCAGAUUGUUAUUUUCUACAUUUAGAAAGAACGCUAUUACUGCUUAUGUUCUUGACUUAGAUUCUGGGAAGUUGUCCGAGUUUGAGUGUGAAGAUGGCAGCCAAAUUGUUUUGGACGUUUUUGACGAUAAUGUUCUCAUCAACCGCAGGAAUUUCUUUCAACAGGAUGUUUUACUUAAAGGAGUGUUGCCAUCAUCUGGGCAGGAAAAAACUAUGAGUUUAGAACAAAUAUCAAUCACCAACGUCCCUGACUCAUUAAAGGAUAAGAAAUUUGAGUAUAUGGAUUUAUCAUAUGCGAACAACGACGAAGUUGAUAACUUUACUGCAAUAUAUAUUGGACCAAAAUCUGCUGAAGAUGCUAGUAUUCCAUUGGUUAUAUUCCCUCAUGGUGGUCCACACAGCGCGUCAGUCAAUGCCUUAACUUUAGAAAAUGCUUUUCUUUUAUCAAUCGGAUAUGCCGUUGUAUUUGUUAACUAUCGUGGAUCAAUCGGCGCUGGUCAAAAAUCUCUAGCUUUUCUUCCGGGGAAAUGCGGCGAAACUGACGUUGCUGAUUGCGUCCUAGCCACAAACACCGCCCUGAAAACCUUCCCAUGGUUAAACUCCAAACGUAUAUCCUUAGUGGGCGGUUCUCAUGGUGGAUUUUUGGUCACUCACUUAAGUGGACAAUAUCCAGACAUGUGGCGCGCUGUGGUCGCACGGAAUCCCGUCACGGAUAUUUCUACCAUGUCGGGGGCUAGCGAUAUUCCCGAUUGGUGUUAUGUGGAGGCUGGGUUUGAAUAUUCCCAGGUCGGUCCAAUUAGAGACGAUAUUCUAUUGGCUAUGCGAGCCAAGUCGCCAAUUGUGCAUGCACAUAAGGUUAAAGCACCCACUUUACUGCAAAUUGGUACGAAGGAUCUCAGGGUGCCGCCAUUCCAAGGAAUGGAUUACUUUCAUCGCUUGAAAGCCAAUAAUAUCACUGCUAGUAUGAACAUUUACACGGAUAACCAUCCUUUGGGUCUGGUCCCCAACGAGAUCGGCCAUAUUUUAUCUACUGCCACAUGGCUCAACGAACACAACGAAUGAGCGCAUUUAAAAAUGCAUUUCCCGAGGUGAACAUUCAAAAUCAAUACUUUUAUACUUGCGUACCCACAGUACCUAGAUUAUUCACCUGUGGUCAUAGCUAUAUAUAUCUACAAUAUAAAUAUAAGUUCAAGUAAGUAUAAGAA